GCGGCACAAUGAAGUCAAGAAAUCGCUCCGUAUUUUCUGCGUUUCCCGCUUCCCGAAGAUGAGUUUCGCAUUCAAGUCGUCGCCUGUAGUGUCGAAAGGCUUAAAAUCAAGGGAAACGCAUCGGGAGUGAAACAAUCGACGGCACAGUACUCCCGUGAUAAAAUGGCAUCCAUGCCUCUGAAAGGCACCCGCAAGACCUACAGCUUCGAGGAACGAAGGCUCCUUAUAUCACUAAUAAAUAAAUACGAGAUCAUCGAGAGCAGGAAAUCGGAUUCGUUCUUCGUAUGCAAACGGGGAUCGGCCUGGUCGCUGAUUGCCGAGGAGUACAACUCGUUGGUCGGGCCUCAAGCUGCACGUUCCGCGGUGCAACUCAGACGUUGCUGGGAGAACAUGAAGGCUUGCAAGCGCAAUCGCGAGGAGAAGAGAAUCCGUACGAAAGCGGUUUGUCAAUCGACGAAAGAUGAGACUCGUGGAAAGAGCCAGUGCUGGGAAGUUGCGACUUGCGGGCAGAAUACAUCGGAAGCACCAACGUCUACCGGAACCGUCGGAUUGCCACCGAAUGUGUUAUUCGAACCAACGGAUUCCGAGCCGUUCACGUUGCAAAGCGUUUGCACCGCAAGACUUCAAAAGCCGAGCUGUUCCAAGGACGCAGAUAGUUGCCGGGACUCGAACUACGGCGAUACAUUCAAGCGGAUGACCGCUGAUGGGAACAAAUGUGACACUUUUGCCGCAUCUUACGACCCGAUGGUUAAUUAUCAGGAGAGAUCGGUAAAAACAAACGCCGACUCGCUUACAAUCAACCAAUCGGUGGAAAACGUCCUCGAGAAAGAUCACGUAAAUUUAGGGCCGAACAUCUUGACGUCGCCUUCCGUCAUGCAGCAGUAUAAUCGCAAGAGAAAAUCUGCGCAACGAGAGGAGGAGUUGCAUAUGCUUGCGCUCUCAGAAGCGCAGAUGAAGGUCGACAUCGCCGCAAUGCUGAAGGAGGAGGCGAGGAUCAAGUUGGAGGAGGCUCACUAUCGCAAGGAGGAGGCACGGCUCAGGAUGCUGCUCUUUACUUACAAGCUAGACAGAGUCAAGUAGGACUGAC